GACCUAGGGGUUUAAAGGCUUGUUGCACAUGCUAAGUGCAAUUGUGAUUCCUACGAAAGUGAGUUAGGUGUUCCUGGCACCGGACCUAUUUCCAAAGCACCAUAUUGUAUGGCUCCUGCAGAAUUGAAGGAGUUAAAGGUCCAGCUAGAGGAACUCCUUGAAAAAGGGUUUAUACGCCCUAGUGUGUCACCUUGGGGAGCUCCAGUGUUGUUCGUUAAGAAGAAGGAUGGGAGCAUGAGGCUAUGCAUUGAUUACCAGGAAUUGAAUAAGGUGACUGUAAAGAACCGGUAUCCCCUUCCUAGAAUUGAUGACUUGUUUGACCAGCUCAAGGGUGCCCAGGUAUUUUCUAAGAUUGAUCUUCGAUCUGGCUACCACCAGUUGAAGAUUAAACUGGAUGAUGUGCCAAAGACUGCCUUCCACACCCGUUAUGGUCAUUAUGAAUUCAUAGUCAUGCCCUUUGGCUUGACAAAUGCCCCUGCCAUAUUUAUGGAUUUGAUGAAUCGGGUGUUUAGCAAGUACCUAGAUAAGUUUGUGGUUGUCUUCAUUGACGACAUUUUGAUCUACUCUUCUAGUCAUACUCUUCAUGAGCAGCACUUAAGAACAGUUCUCGAGACACUAAGAAGUGAAAGGCUGUUCGCUAAAUUCAAGAAGUGUGAAUUUUGGCUAGAUAAUGUUGCAUACCUAGGUCACGUUGUGUCUAAGGAUGGAAUCUCUGUUGACCCCCAGAAAAUUGAGGCAGUGGUGAAUUGGAAAAGGCCAAAUAGUGUUGCAGAAAUCUGUAGUUUUUUGGGAUUGGCUGGUUAUUACCGCCGAUUUGUGGGGGAUUUCUCUAGAAUUGGUCUGCCAAUGGCUCGUCUUAUCAGGAAGGACACCAAGUUUGAGUGGACUCCAGAGUGUGAGAAGAGCUUUUCGACCCUUAAGGAGAAGUUGGUCACUGCUCUUAUACUUGCACUCCCAAUCAAUGGGGAAGGAUUCACCAUAUAUAGUGAUGCCUCUAAAAGGGGUUUAGGAUGUGUCUUGAUGCAAAAAGAUAGGGUUAUUGCAUAUGCUUCCCGGUAGUUAAAGUCUUAUGAAGAAAAUUACCCUACCCAUGAUCUGGAGUUGGCAGCUGUAAUAUUUACACUCAAGAUCUGGAGACAUUAUUUGUAUGGUGAGACUUGUGAAAACUUCACCGAUCACAAGAGCCUUAAGUAUAUUUUCACUCAAAAUGAGCUUAAUAUGAGGCAGAGCCGAUGGCUUGAACUUUUAAAGGACUACGACUUUACCAUUAGCUACCAUCUGGGCAAAGCUAACAAGGUAGCAGAUGCAUUGAGUAGGAAGUUACUACGGCUUAUCUAGCUGCUCUCAGUGCACAACCAGCAUUAAUAGAUAGAAUUAAACUAG